CUGACUGACUGGAGUGUGUGAGGGUGAGAUUCAUCUCUGUGAAAAAGAAAGUGUUUUUAAGAGUAGACUUGACAGAAACGUAAAUUAAUGUCAAUAUUAUGAUUUAAUGUAGGACAUUAACUUUGAUACAUGCUUAUAAUUUGCACGUUUUAUGUACAACGACGAUACACACGAUGAAAAUGACAGGACCAAAGUGUAACAGCUGUCUUCAGCAUGCACGCUGGGUACGUCAUCACUGCACUUCACUCCAGAAUACUGCAAUGCUCGUGAGCUCAUGCUGAGUCAGUCUAGAGAUGAAAGAAAUGCAGAGUCAUCAGAAUCUUUAAGGCCCCAGUACUUAUUUAUUGUACACUGCAUGGAAAGAAAAGCGAUACGUUUCUUCGAUAGGUGAUAGGAACGACAUGAAGGAAAGAAAAGAAAGAACUACAUAAAACUUACAAAGGACUUGAGGGUCAGCGAUGCUUGCUGUUUACGGUGCAUAAAUAGACAGUCUGUGAAUAAUGGUCCCUACCUGCUCUGCGUCUUCUGUUGUUGCUUCGAAAGUAGGAUUUGUUUUGAAGUUUUCACCUGUAUCCCGCACACAAACUGCACUGACUGCAGAGCUUGGAUUGGUUUCUACUUGGAAAGUUAUUUCUACGACGAAUGCCCAGCAGUCUUGUUUCCAUUUGCACUUUGGAAGGAUUCAAUAUGCUAAUUAUGCAGGUAUGUUGCAGUAUUACACAGUGAAAGACGAUUCUGGUGUUUAUUGAUGAGAAAAUCCUUUAAAACGGCACAAAAUCCCAGCCUCAUUCUGUUACAUUACAGUUUUUACACAGGAUAAGCUCAGAAGUCAUUGAAGAAUUCUUGGGAAUCUCUAGAGAAAAUGAAUGGGAAAAAUACUUAUGGAGCGCCGACUGCUACAGAAGUUAAACUGUUAUUAAGGCUUAGCAGCAUCUUCUUGUAUGAAAAACAGAAGCUGUGGAAAGUAGCCCGGGGUCGGAAUGUCAUGAGUUCUAUAAAGUAUAAUCCCAGAGAGAGACAAUGAAACCAUCAGAGCAAAUUGAAUAGAUGCAAAUGGAAGACCUGGAGGGGAGAAACAAAAUGAUGGAUUACAUUAGGAACAGUAAAGAUAUCCCAUAAAAGAAAGAGAUGAGAGAAGAUUUAUGAUGCUUGGCUAACUUUCCUUCAACUACAGCUCCAGGGAGACAAAGAGGCUUACUGUGAGUUCCUGUAGAUAGGUGCACAGUUGGCUAGUCUGGGCUCUGAUGGUGGAGACUGGGCAUCUGGGUCUCUCAAAAUCCGUCCUGGGACGAAGGGGGCGAUUAAGCGGACAAGUCUGAUGCACACACGCUGAUUGAGGAUGAAUGAGACAUGAAUGAGAAUAAGACAUCAGCUGUUUGGUCAAAGGUGAUUACUUCAGAGCACUGCGAGAAUGAAGGCCUCUGGCAAUGUAACUUACACUGCAACAAACACAGACGCCAAACACACACUGGCCGACAGUGACGCUGGACUCUACAGCUGGGUCUCCAGCACAGUGGUCCACCUGUGACAAUAAACACUGUGAUUACCUCCUAGAGCCUUCUGACGCCAUCCAAUCCACUCGAGAGAUCAUUCCAAGGACAGGCCGACCAAUCCUUCUGUCUUGCUCUCUCUGCAUCUUCUGACCCAUUCCCACCAUCUUCGUGCAGAACGGAGGAGCCUCGGGGGAAGUACACUGGCUCAGUUCCCACCUCAUUUUCCAUCACUGAGAGCGGGAGGGUGACUGAUACAUGGACCACUGGUGAGGUCAUUUAAGGUUGGACUGAAUGAAGUUUAUAGCCUUGUAGACUUUCUCACCCCUGCACACUCGCUGACUGGGAUGCUGGCAGUCUUUAUGAUUGGCUGAGAUGGAGAUGUACUUUAGCCCAUUGCCGCCUCCAUCUUACCAUCUCUCUAGGGGCAAAUGUUCGUAAAAAUCUGUUAAGCAGAUCCUGCAGCAUGCUUUAUGAGCUUCAUCAUUUUGACAUCACACUGGGGCAAAACAGUGUGCAUUUUGAAUUUGAAGUCUGAGGGUACCGUGACUGACUCCAGCCCACACCUGGUGUCCUGCUGUGAACUUUUGGAGCUUAUACUGCGAAAAGGACUACAGCAGCCUGUCCUAAGCUUGGCACAUAGAGAUUACUGGCAGUGUUUUGAGCAGCUUGUACAGCACGACACAUGUGGCCGGUUGAGUUCAGUCUCUUUGUCAGUGCAACAGACCGCAGCCUGCACCAAGAUUAUUACAUCUCAAGGCAGAGGACGCUUCUUCAUACGGUUGAUGCUCAUGAGGAGAACACUGGGAAGUGUAGUAAAACAUCUACUUCACACAAAUAAAGUAAUCGAGUGGUACAGUCCCAACAUUGCUAUCCUGAGAAAUGAGGAGUUUGUUGAACCCUUUGUCUCACUGUCAAUGGUGUUGUCAGAAAUGGAGUUUAAGCUCAAUAUUGAGAACUGCAGCUUCCUGGAUGAAUGCUGGCAGCUUCCGGUGUGUCAAAUCUACGAAGCUGUUCCAUGUCAGGAGUUGGGAAUGGUGCUCAGGUACCUCGAUGGACGUGUUUUUGUGCUUGACCUGCUGAAGGGCAGUCAGGCGCAGGCGGACAUGUUUGCAGAGCCUGGUGACAUCAUCGAUGAAGUCAAUGGAAUAUCUCUGAGGAAUGCCAGUAAUGGACAGGCAGGUGUGGUUUUCUCUAAGGUGAAGGGUCAGCCUCUUUCAAUCCGGUUGAUACGAUGCAGAGGGGACGAUGGGUCCAUCUAUCAGCCUCUGAUGAAACACUUAAGACAACUUCAAGAGGAAAACCCAUCAAUUCAAUUUGGCCCAAAAUCAACAUCUCAGAGAACCGUGGGUCAGAAGAGAGGGCAGACCCAGUGUGUAAAAGAUGGCAGGAUCCUGUAUGCUGUGCAGUUCUUAGGAAAAGCAAACAUAGGAAUGUCCGGAGGUAAGGAGGUUUUGCAGCAGGCCAUUGCCAUAGUCCUGGGGUCCAAACAGGCUAAAAAGGAAGUACUGCUGGAUAUAAAGGAGACUCAAAUUACCUGCACAGAUAAGACCAGUCAGCAGAAGCUGUUUCAGCACCAUUUCCCAAAAAUAUCAUGUGUUGGGAGGUUUGGAAGGCAACCUGAUUUAACCAUUUUUGCUUUCUGUGCAUUAGAUACAUCACAAACAGAAAAGCCAAAAAGUUUCUGUUGUGUGGUCCUCCAGGCUGCUACAAGUGUUGAGUGUCAGGAGAUUGUUAGCCGAAUUGCUGCUGGGUUUAAACAUACAGAAUGGUUUGUAUGAGAAACCUCUACACUUUAAUAGAUGAAUAUUUUUUUUGUGGCGCUUACAUGUGUUUAUAAAGACAAUGUGUUUAUUGUUUGUAUUAACUAAUAUGAAAUUUGAAUAUUUUAAAACUCUGUAAUAUCUGGAUCUGUGCAAUGCUAUUUUGGUAGAAAUACAUAAAAAUGAAUCUG